AUGUUAGCAAUGAGAUUUCGAUCACAAGUUUCCGGGCCAGCCUCAAUCGUGGGGCUGGCAAUUACAGCCGCCUUGUUUCUGACAAGAAAUUCUGCCAGCUGGGCCCGCCCGUUCUGCACAUGUACUGACGGCGAUAGCUGUUGGCCAUCCGAGUUGCAAUGGCAGGACCUUAACGCCUCUGUGGGCGGUCGUCUCAUUGCUCCAGUUCCUCCAGCGUCUGUCUGCCACGCCCCGAACUAUGACGAGGCCGAGUGCGCCGCUAUUCGCAAGGACUGGGUUUGGCCAGAGAUUCACGAAUCUUGGCCAGGCGGCAUCCAGAGCCCCUACUGGCAGAACUCCAGCUGCGAUCCAUUCACUCCUGCUGAUACCCCUUGUACGCUGGGACAUAGUGUUUCCUACGCUAUCAACGUAACAAAUGCAGAAGACGUCGUGCAAGGUCUUUCAUUCGCACGUAGGCACUCCCUACGGCUGGCCAUCAAGAACACGGGACAUGAUUACAUGGGAAAGUCCGCCGCCAAAGGGGGCCUUGCCCUAUGGACAAGUAGCCUCCGUUCGAUAGAAGUGCUGGAUUUUGCAAGCGAAACAUACACCGGUCCCGCUAUCCGAAUGGGCGCCGGCGUACGUGGGCUGGAAGCCUACACGGCUGCCGCCAACAAAGGCCUUCGCGUGGUUGGAGGCUUUUGCCCGACGGUAGGCGUCGCCGGCGGUUAUACCCAAGGCGGAGGCCACGGUCCGUUGAGCUCACAGUAUGGGCUCGGAGCCGACCAGGUCCUUGAGUGGGAAGUCAUCACGCCUUCCGGAGAACAUCUGGUGGCGACACCUCUGCAGCACUCAGAUCUGUACUGGGCCUUGAGCGGAGGCGGACCUGGCACCUACGCAGUCGUGAUCUCGCUAACCGUGAGAGCAUACCCUGACGGCUACAUCGGAGGUGCGACUCUGGCAUUCUCUACCGCCGGUGUGGCGAAAGAUGACUUCUGGAAUUUUUUCAAAAGCUGGCAAGACCUCCUCCCUAGCCUCACUACCGCCGGUGGGACAGCUGGAUACGCCGUCACCAAGGACGCCUUCUUCAUCGCACCUAUUACCCUCCCUGGGUGGACCAAGCAACAGGUCUCCGGAAUGAUAAGCCCGCUGGUCGACCGACUCGAUCAGCUAGACGUACAGUACACGCUCGAAGUGACAUCGGAACCCACAUUCUUGGAGCAUUACAGCAAGCACGGUGGACCUCUGCCCCGAGGCCCUUACACGAUUCACCACCUCUUUGGCGGAAGGAUGAUCCCGCGCUCCAAUGUCGAGGAAAACAGCACCGCUCUUGUCGGGGCCUUUCGCAACAUUCUUGAAGACACGGAUGCUUUUCUGGGAUUUGUUGCUCUGGAUGUAAAGCAGGUGCCUGGACGGAAACCCGUUGCGGACAAUGCCGUCCUCCCGGCCUGGCGAGACACCCUGAUCACGGUACUUGCACAGUCGACGUGGAACUUCAGUGCGCUUAGAGCGGACGGCCAACGUCGUGCCGACGAGAUCACCGACGUCGUUGUGCCAAGACUGAGGGAACUUACGCUUGGUUCCGGGACUUAUAUGAACGAGGGCGAUUUCCAGCUCAAAACUUGGAAAGAGGAUUUCUAUGGGGCAAACUACCCGCGGCUGCAGGCCAUCAAGUCUAAAUACGACCCCGAAGGUCUUCUCUUUGGGCCUACUGGAGUAUCUAGCGAUGCAUGGUCGAUCGAUGAACAUGGCAGGCUCUGUAAAGGAUGGGGUGACGGACUCAGGUCAUUUGGCCUUGGGCGGGUCGCCAUCUUGAGGGCCCGGGCUAUGCUAAUAUCUCGGGCGAGACAGGCACAAGAGCUUGCACGCGGGUACUUUGGAAUUUCUUCAACGAUACUUCCCAUCAUGGGCAUCGUCUUACUUCGCCCACAAGUAAGCUCGAUACGGCACAAUGACGGUGUCCCCGGAAUCCAGCGCCCGGGCCUCCGGCUCCGCCCCGUUCUCCACUGCGGUACCGAACCCGGGUUAUUGUCGCAGCCCAAUAACGAGAUACAGACAGUCUAUGACAUCGUGCACUGGGCGGCAGAGACAUAUGGAGACAAGCCUGCUUUGGAUUGCCAGGAGAUUCUCUGGUUGGUGGCGUGCCCUGCCGUAAUCACAUAUGACAAGGCGGCUAAAAGUGCAUCAAUAGAUCUGGUUUACGGGCGGUCGGUCUCCAGAAAACUGAUAAGAUUCUCGUCUAUGCAGCAACAAGGCAAGUUUCCCCUGCAGACUCUUGUUGAAUUACCAAAAUUGACGAAUACCUCCAUGGUUUUCGUGACAGCCUACGAAGCUCUCGGCCUUGCUGGCCUCGAGCAUUCUCUGGAGUCCACAGGCGCCAAAGCCAUCUUCGUGGAUCACCAUCUCUGUCAAAAGGUGACUUCUGCAAUGACAAACAGAUCUCUUCCACGAGUUGAGGCCAUAGUCUAUAACGACCAGCCAAGUGGUACAAUUGAUGCAGGUGCUGAGUGGAUCAAAGGCUUGUUCGAACUCAAGAAGACACAACCAGGGCUUCAAAUACUCAGCUUCAGCCAGCUAUGCCAGGUUGGCCGGAGCAAGAUGAGUGAGCCUGUUCCACCUGACAGGGAGGAUCUUUGCGCCAUCUACUACACUUCUGGUUCUACAGGAAUACCGAAAGGAGUUCCGGUGAAACACAAGGCCGUUGUAGCGGCAGUCACAGGUCUUGACUCCGUGAUCGGCGACUAUCUCUCGUCUUCCGAUUCUUUCCUCGCAUACUUACCAUUAGCUCAUGUUCUUGAAUUCGCCUUCGAAAAUAGCUGUCUCUACUGGGGUGUGAAAAUGGGCUACGGUGGUGCACGUACGCUCUUCGACCGUAGCACUCCAUCCGGCACUCUCGAAGUGGGAGACAUAAAUGCCUUCCAACCCACCUUUAUGAUCGGUGUUCCUGCUAUCUGGGAAAGGAUUAAAAAGGCGAUUUUGUCCAACGUGGAAAAUUCAAGCUUUAUUGACAGACUUGCUUUCUGGUCGAGGGUCAAAGCAAGAGAAGUAUGGGCCGCAGCCGGAUUGGCCGGGACAUGCGGGUUCAAUGGGAUAUUAUCGUCCGCCGCCAGUGAGGUGGUUGGGCCCCUGCUGCGGUUCGCCAUGUCAGGCGGCGGGCCCGUAGCGGAAAGCACGCAGAACUUCUUGACCAUGGCAAUGGCUCCUUUGGUUAACGGAUAUGGCUUAACCGAGACAAUGGCCAUGGGUGGUCUGAUGGAUCCCGGCCAAUGGCGACCAGGAUCUAUGAGCAUCCCGGCCAGUAUAGAAAUGAAACUGGUUGACUGCCCUGAUGCAGGCUACCUCACCAGUAACACUCCAUCACAGGGGGAGAUCUGGAUACGGGGCGAUAGUGUUAUGGAAGGGUACUAUGACAACGACGAUGAGUCCAAGAGUGCAGUCGCGCCUGGCGAUUGGAUCCGCACUGGCGACAUUGGGCAGUGGGAACCCACAUGCAGCGGCGACGACUUUCAUUUCAGAAUCAUUGACCGGAAGAAGAACCUCGUCAAGACACUCAACGGAGAGUACAUCGCGCUUGAAAAGCUAGAGUCUAUCUACCGCUCUGCAAAGCUAGUGGCUAACAUCUGCAUCCACGCAUCGCCUCACCGCGCAAAGCCAACGGCUAUAGUCGUUCCUUCACCGCCAGCCUUGAAGGACCUAGCUAAGAGACAUGGUUUAGAUACCCCCUGCGAAACAUCAGCGCUUAUACGACAUCCAUUUGUCGUGCAUGGCGCCCUUCUGCAAUUGCAACAGAUUGCUCAGGAGGCCGGACUUGCCUCGAUUGAGGUGGUAGAGGCUGUUGUGCUUGUUGACGAUUCAGAGUGGACUCCUCAAAAUGUUAGUGCCAUCAUUCAGAACUGA